AUCAGCUCACAGAGCAACAAAUGUGGCCCACACCCAUUCAAGGGAGAGAGAGAGAAAAAAAAACACAUUGCGCAUAGGUCUCCAACUUAACACUCCUGUCAACUUAACAUCAUAACAGUUGCACAAAUUCAUCACGGAAAGGGAGUUGAAAGAAAACGUAUUGCUUGACUUGGACUUGUAUUGACUGUUCAUCAUGGAGGCACCAACAACAGCAGGUACAAUAAGCCACUCGGCAUCGGAAGAGGCCUUCAGCCACAUGGUCAGUCACAUCAUAGAACUCUUCACACAGCCCUCCGUAGCUGAAGAUCUGACAACAACUUCUGCACAUAUGACUGAAACAAUCUCAGACACUUCUGUGGGAGUUCUGAGAACAACUUCUGCACAAAUGAUUGAAACAAUCUCAGACACUUCUGUGGGAGCUCUAACAACAACUUUUCUACAGAAGACUGAAACAAUUCCAGAUGCUUUUGUUGGAGUUCUGAGAACAACUUCUGCACAAAUGAUUGAAACAAUCUCAGACACUUCUGUGGGAGUUCUGACAACAACUUCUGCACAUAUGACUGAAACAACCUCAGAUGCUUUUUUAGUGGGAGCCGCCAUCGUAAAAGGUGUAUCCUUUGAAGUCCUUUUCGUAGGAGUCAUUCUUGUGGUGGUACUGGUGGUGGUACUGGUACUGGUGCUGGUACUGUGUCACAACGGCAAGCAUAAGGGCACUUACCACACCAACGAGGCCGAGUGUGGUGAUUCUGAUUCUGUCGACACGUAUGGUGUUGCCUCUCAAAGCGAACUUGAGAUUUUGAAUGAGGAAGAAUAGAAAGAAGUACACUUCAUUUGAAACAGGACUUUUUCCGAUUCUAAACCGGGGCCAGUUGUCAACUCAAGAUGCCAAAUAUUUUCUACGGAAUUGGUAAUGCCUAUGAUGGUCAUCUAAUUUCAAGGCAACAUUUAUAUGGGGCAUACAACCAUCUCAGCUCUACAGAUUUUGCCACGAAGAGACAGAAUCGUUAGAUCACUUAUUUUUGUAUUGCCCAUAUAUACACUAUAUAUACAAAAUUAUGUGGACACCCAUUAGUGGAUUUGGCUAUUUCAGCCACAUUACAGCCUUAUUUCCCUCAUCAAUCAAUAUAAAGAAACACUUUAAUAAACAAUUAAUAUUCAUUACAUGUGACUAACUUCAAGCUUACAAUUAGUACAGUAGUUAAACCAAUAUCAGAUUGUUGAGGUUUCGAAAAGAUGUAAAAACUAGAGAAAUUUUACAAUCCUUUUUGUCUUCCUUUUAAAAAAAAUGUUUAUACUCAAAAGAUAGUACCUUGUUUGAAUUUCUAUUAUGAGGGUGUUGAGCGAGCUUAAUGCAUAAUAAUGUAUAGCAUUGCUGAAUGUAAUAUCUGUUUUCAAUUUUUUUCUAAAUUGACGUCCAGUAGUAAUCUGAGCUUGUAAAAUGAAAUCAAGGCACAGGCAUCUUUCCUAACGCCAAACUGGAUGUUUUGGUUUUUUUGGCCUGAAGGUACCAAUAACUGAGUAAAGGAAAUGUUACGGCAAGGACCAUAAGAACACACAAAAAUACUUUCAUGAAACUUGAGACAUUUCACCUAUGACAAUACUGGGAACAAAACAGUCAAAAAAAUGUAAAUUCCCCUUCUUCUAAUGCAAGUCUCUGUAACUAAUAUAUUACCAUGUGAUUAAAGAGAAGCGACCUUG